GCAAGCGAAGAUAGUGCUUACCAAUUACAUUCGUUCAAGAUAACGCUUAUCUUCUGAUAGUUGCUUUUUGCUUGACCCACGUAUAUUGUACGUGAUAUAAACGGUGGAUACAAUACCCAUGUUUGCAAGGGGUUUUCUUUUUCAGUGCGACCAAAAAGUGUAGAAAUAGUCAGUUUUAUUUCUUUAGAAUUCCUUAACUGUUUUUUUUAUAUUUUGCUGCGCAUCGCUUUUUUGAAAGAAUAACGUAGUGAAAAGAAUCAUCAGGAAACGCUUCCUUCUUGAAGAAAAAUUAGGAUCUGUUGGGAAUACAUUGUCCUUGCCUUGGUUUCAUCAGCACGAAUUGUAUCUUCUCUGUUCACUUGUACGGAACCGUAUACCUUGAUCUUUAGGAAUCACUAGAUUUUGUGCUUACUGUGUAUCUGUGUUUGUGAGUUAUAUAAUUUCAUUUCUACUUGAAAGCUAUUUUUGGAUUCAUUUUCAUCUUCAUUUGCCGUUAGAUUUUAAGAUUCAUUUUUGUGAUCUUUGACCCAUUGUGUCUGUUGUAUCCAUCCUCAUACCCAUCAUAAUGUCUUCUACUACAAGUGCUACAGUUUCACCAAGCGGGGUGAAUGGGGGUGACUCUAGGAAUGUCGAUUUGAACCAGUUUUACAAUGGUGGUGACGUAGCUUGGGUCCUCGCUAGUACUGCCCUUGUUUUUAUCAUGAUUCCCGGUGUAGGAUUUUUUUACUCUGGUUUAGCCCGUCGCAGGAGCGCAAUUUCCAUGCUCUUCCUUUCCAUGAUGUCUGUUGCCGUUGUCGCAUUCCAGUGGUUCUUUUGGGGCUAUUCGCUUACUUUUUCCCACAACGGUGGCCCUUACAUAGGUUCUUUGGCCAACUUUGGUUUGCGUCAAACUUUAGGCAGACCCUCGAGUGUAGCUUCUGGGCUUCCUGACCUUUUGUUUUGUAUCUUCCAGGGUAUGUUUGCUGCCAUUACUCCUGCUUUAGCCAUUGGUGCUGCUGCCGAUCGUGGUCGUAUGUUGCCUUGCCUUGUCUUUGUCUUCCUCUGGAGCUCUAUCGUUUAUGACCCUAUUGCUUUCUGGACUUGGAAUCCCAAGGGUUGGCUCAGUGUUCUAGGAUCCUAUGACUUUGCUGGCGGUUCUCCAGUCCACAUCGCUUCUGGUAUGACUGCUCUGGCUUACUCCAUUGUAGUUGGAAAGAGACAUGAUCAUGGCACUGUCAAAUACCGUCCUCACAAUGUUCCUCAUGUUGUCUUGGGUACUGUACUGCUUUGGUUUGGUUGGUUCGGAUUCAAUGGUGGUUCGGCUGGUUCUGCCAAUUUAAGAGCCAUUAUGGCUUGCGUUGUCACCCAUAUUUCUGCUUCUGUAGGCGGUAUUGUCUGGUGUUUUUUAGAGUAUAUUAAGACUCGUCACUGGUCUGCCGUCGGUUUUUGUUGUGGUGCAGUUGCCGGUUUAGUAGCCAUUACCCCUGGAUCUGGUUUUGUGCCUCCUUGGGCUGCAGUUGUCAUUGGUGCUGUCGGCGCGUCUGCAUGCUAUGGAGCUACUUAUUUGAAAAAAUUAAUUCACGUGGAUGAUGCAUUGGACAUUUUUGCCGAACAUGGUGUCGGCGGUAUGGUUGGUAACAUACUAACAGCUCUUUUUUCUGCUGACUACAUUCAAUCCUUAGAUGGCUCCACUGGAAACAGUGGUGGUUGGUUGUCUCAUCACUAUAUCCAAUUGGGUUACCAACUGGCCGAUACUGUUGCUUGUGCCGCGUAUUCAUUUGUCGUUUCCUGUGCAUUGUUAUUCGCCAUGAAUUACAUUCCUGGUCUUUCUCUUCGUGUUUCUCGUGAUGAUGAGGUUUUGGGUUUGGACAAUGUUGAAAUUGGUGAAACUUCUUACAAAUUCUCAGAAGAGCCACCAGCCUUAUCGCAUGGUAUUGAAGUCAAUCCUCGCCAAAAUGGCAACGAGACCUCAAAAGAGAAUGCUCAUCAAGAGGAAAAAGAGACGAAUCGUGAAAUCCCUUCUGACGUUGUAUGAGCAUUUUUUUUCUUCUCCGUCCCAUCGAGUAUAUGUUGCAUAUUCAGUAAAUAAACAAACCGUCUGAAUCGUUUAUCGUUUUUUUAAUGUUUGGCUUUCCUAAAAUAUAUAUGUAUAUAACCCUUUUAGCUACAUUGGAAAUUCCUUCAUAAUUUUCCUACCCAAAUCUCGUUCGUAUCAUACUUCAGAGUUGGUGUCAUAGGCUUUCUUUCUAUCUUUGGAAGUCUGUUCUUAUUCAACAUAAACAUUUUUUAAUACCCAACUUUUUUAUUUUUGACUAUUCUAAUUUCUGUUUUAUGUUUUUAUAUCUAAUAAUAUAUAU